AUGAUUGCUAUUAUUGUGACGUUGGUGGUGAUCUGUUUGGUGGCUCUGAUUACUCCCUUGGCCGUGCUGCUCCCUCACCACCACCCCAAACGUGCCACCGUUCUGUUUCCCCUGUACAUCUACCCGGACAACAGCAGCACCUGGGCGCCUCUCUUCAAGCAACUCGAUGACUACCCGACGCUCAACUUCACCGUGGUGGUCAACCCCGACAGCGGGCCUGGCGACGCCGCGCUGCCCAGUCAGACAUACAUCACCCAGAUCGAGCGGCUGAACAGCUAUGACAACGUGCAGACGGUGGGCUACGUGCGGACAAGGUACGCCACACGAAAUAUCACCGUGGUGGAGGAGGAGGUGGGGGUGUACGCCCGGUGGGCCGACAAUUCCUCUAGUCUGGCCAUGGACGGGAUUUUCUUCGACGAGGUCCCCAGCACGUACUCCGCUGCGGCUGAGACGUAUCUGAAUACCAUCGAUGCCAAGGUCAGAGCGGCAGAUGGUCUGAAUGGGAAUAUGGUCAUCCAUAACCCUGGCACCAUCCCUUCCAGCGAGUUCAGUACCACGGCCAAUGUGACGGUUGUCGCCGAGAUCUCGUAUAGCAAGUAUCUCGACACCAAGAGCGAGCUGGCGGCAAUGCCCUCCGACCGCUCCAAGUACGCCUACCUGCUCCACUCGAUGCCUAGCAUGACGGUCCAGAAGCUUCACUCGUUCCUCGACACUCUCGACCGCCGGGCGGAGUAUCUGUUUGUGACAACCCUGUCGAGUAAUUACUACGAGUCGUUUGGGCCUGAUCUGGCGCUCUUCUGCGACGCCAUGCCCACUGGCUCCUAG